UCCUCCAAAAUUGCCGUGUGCAAAUCAUCUAUAAAUUUACGCUGGGUAACAUUUAUUUCUGUCUGACAGUUAAGUAAGAAUUAUACGAGUAAUCAAUUGCAGCAACCUAUUGAAUAUCUUUAUAUUCGCUUUCUGAAAUCAGCGACUUUAUUUUCAAACAUGUCUGAAGGAAGCAAAUGCUGCGAUGUGAAAAACAAGAGCGGUGCACCUCAGAAGGAAUGCUGCAAAAUUACUGUCAAUUGUUCUUGCCCCUGCUCCAAGGCCGAUGACCAGCAUAACUGCACUACCUCUGUGGCCUGUGAUUCUGACGGGAAAGCUGAACAGGUAGUUGAAUGCUGUUGCUGUUGCUGUACCUUGGCCGUAAACUGCACCGUAAACUGUCCUCCUGCUGGUGAAAAGGCUGAUGCCCAAAACGACGAGAAUGAAAAGGUGUGUCAGGUUACCGUACGCUGCAAAGCAAAGAAGAGUGAAGACAGCUGUUGCACAGUGACCCUCACCUGUUGAAAACCAAUGUAUCGAAGCUGCCGCUAAUUUUGUUAAUAUGAAAGCUCCAAUCAUAGCUGUAAAGGUGUAAUUGUUUAUAAAAUCACCAAAAAUUAUAAAGAUGUUUAUACUACCCUAUUUUAUUUAAUAAAAUAAAAAAAAAUUAAAUGUCUAAAAAAAAAUUUAUGCGUACCUAAUUAUAUUAUACAUAAUUAUAUUAUAAUGAAUACUGUGAUAACAAUAAUUUACUCCCCGAUUUCUAACCUGAAAUUUAGAAGCAUACGUUCUUGUUAUGCUAGUUUGUUAUAAUGUAAUAAAUACUUUGAUUUUGGGAACAUUGUAUGAUAAAUAAAGAAAAUUGUUUACAUUCGAA